AUGAAUUUACAGGAGGAUGCCGAUGCUUUGGGUUCUACUCACUAUCAUGAGGUUUUUAUUCGCAACAAGUGGUAUUCCAUCAGCCCAGCUACCAUCAACAAGUAUCUAAAUCGUUACUCGUCCGAUCAUUCUGUUUCUAUGAGUCUCAACUCUCUUGUGGGUACACUCACUCACAAUCGGGUUGUUGUUUGGCCUAAAACUGGUCUUCAGUCUCAACACUUAACAGCAGUAUAUUCUGUUCUCUUGCGAUUGGCCGGUACUAACUGGUUACCAUCCGUCAAUGCCAAUUUAGUGUACAAAAAGAUGGGGUUUUUUCUCUACAAAAUUCAAAAUAAGCUAGCGGUUGAUCUUGGCUCAGUUAUAUUCUCACAUAUGAUGUCUUUUACCAAGAAGAAGAAGGAGGCCAAGGUUCAUCUUCCGUACCCGAGUCUCAUUUACGGCGUCCUGACUGCUCAAGGUUUUACCCCGUAUGAUCAUGAACCUAUUCUGGAAAAUGAGCAUUUUUAUCAGUUUGACCUGCGUCUGGCUCAGGGCCAUCAUCAUGAUGAUCGUGCUACGCUCACUGCCUCAACUCCAACUCCGGGAUCUUCCACUGCUACGCCCUUAGUUCCUAUGCCUCCUCUAGCGCUGAUUAUGCACCGACAGAUGGCCAGCUCUAUUGAAUCUUCUCUGGAACUCCUUCGGACGUCAAUUGCUGUGCAACAGGAUGCUGCUGCUGGUUUAGAGAGUACACUGCUUGAGCAUUACCGUGAAAUUGCACGCUUGGAGGCUAGACAUGUUGCAAUUCUUGCAUCUCAGGCUUGUUCUACUGCCUCUGCUGGUUCUGCUUCUGAUUCUGAUCUAGAUGGGGAUGAUUCUGACUCUAGUUCUCUGGCAGCCCAUUAG